AUGUCGGUCGCCGGGAGGAUGGUAGUCGUCCUGGGAGCGGUGCUCAUGGCAGCGACGAGGCUAACAAGCUCCCAGCAUCACGAGAAUGCCGGAUGCCAUGGACGAACAUGGCUGCUGAUGCACAAAGAGCGCCUUCAUGAGAGCGGAAAUCUCUGCCGUGAUGCUCGGAUGAGCUUUCUGUUCAGCCAGUGCGAUCAUGCUACUGCACCGCCAGCCUUCAUGCACUCGCCGAUCCAUGAGGUGCUGCGUCCUCGUGUCAAGAACACCUGCUGUCCAAGAUGGCGGGUGAGAUGCAACGGGAAGCCUCCUGCUGUUGUGGCUGUCAGGAUGCUGACGAGAAAGGACUCGGAGUUUGAAGGAACGGAAACUUGGACGCUUGUUCAGAUCAAGAAAAUGAUCCAAGGGAGUGGGGGGGUCAUGACGAUUAGCGCGCUAGAGGAGGACUGGAUGAAUGCCUUCCCUUCCCAUGACUUGAGCAAGUAUGCGAGCGAAAGGAACAAGUCUCUGACUGAGUGGAUAUCGGGGAACAAAGACAUCGGGGUCGAUUAUCAGAAUGGUGAGGACGCUGAUGGCUCUGACGAGGCGGAUCAUGAGCACACCAGCAUCUACCUACGAAGAUUCAAUCUUCCCAGCAACAUGAGCGAGUACAAGAACCUUCACGCUCUUGUCUCGGACCUCAUCGGUCUCUUGGAGUCCAGCAAUGUAGAGCCGAACAUUGUUGGCUGCGUCUCCGCAAUGUCGCACUUGAAACGGCUGCAACAUCAGAUGGGCAAGAAGAGGUCAAUGCAGACAAGAUACGUCGACUUGUAUUCUCACUUGCUAGAGAUUGUUGAACCGAGUCUUUUCAAGUUGAAAUUCAAGCAUAUUGCGAUGCUGAUGAACUCGCUGGUUUACCAAGACUGGCUGGACCAAGAGAGGCUUCCCAGAAUGAUCGAGGUCAUCGAAUUGUGUAUGAAAAGACUCCAAAAGAUCCUUUCGCAUGUCAUCCCAGGCACUCAGUAUGAAGUGGUUGACGAGGAGAUGAAAGAUUGGCAGUGGUCAAACUUGCUGAGCGAGGAUGGAUACAACCAGAGGACUGUUGCGAUCCUCAUCAACGCCAUGGCAAAACUUAAGUUGAAGGACGAGCUCGUCCUUUCCAAGGUUGCGAGAAUCAUCUUGGGGAAGUGCAUGCCACCAGGAAUGAGUCAGCAGUCAGCAGUCAGGAGUCAGGACGGGGACAAGGACUGGGACAAAGUAGAUGUAGUUGUUGGAUCUAGAGAGAAAAUAGCAAGAUUUCAGACGUUGAUGAUACGUGGUCAGAUCACUGGGAGAAGUUUGAACAUCGCCCUCUUUCUCAAUGGUUAUGCAAGGCUCAACUACUUCCCUCCGGACUUGUUCAGCGGGAUGACAACAGCGAUCCUUGAGAUGGGAGAAGAGGGCUUCCAGGGGUCUUCCGGUGCCAAGGACGUAAGCAACAUCCUCAACGCCUUCGCGCGCCAUGGCAGUUGCGACAAUCAGCUGCUCCAGUUGUUCUCCGUCGUCCUCCGCAGACUGGAAGCUCAGGGCGUUGAGUUCUCCUCGCAGUCCAUUGGCAACAUAGCCAACGCAUUCGUCCGCCUCGGCUAUUCGGACGACAGCCUUAGCCCCACUAUAGGAAAAGUCCUGCUUGCCAUACCCCCCGACGACCUCGAUACGCAGGCCAUUAGCAUCCUGACCAACUUCUUUGCCAACCAGCAGACUCUCCAGCCCGAGGUGCUGAGGUGCCUGGAGUUUGCGGUGCUACAAACUCAGCUGGACGAGUGGACGGGUCAGUCGGUGGGGAUCACCCUGAAUGCUCUGCAGCGGAUCUCCUCUCCCAACAUCAUUGUGCUGUCCCACCUGCUCGACGCGUGUCUGCAGCUCGACGACUCGGAGUACGACAGUCAGGCGAUCAGCAACGUAGUCCAUGCGUUCGCAAAGGUUCACUUCGCCAAGGUCAUCGACUGCUCGAUCCUCUUCGAGAGGAUGGGGCAGGAUGAGUCUCGGAGUGCUCGAGUGGUCCUGAACCGCCUCCUCCAAGUGGUCGAGAGCAUGCCCAAGGGCGGGUUCAACCUCCAGGGGAUCGCCAUGAUUCUCCGCUCCGUUCACGCUGGGGAUGUGGAGAGGAAGGAAGAGCGGUACAGUUACUACUUCCAGCUGGUCAAGGGCAUGUCUCCCGCAAAGAUGAGCUCACAGGGCCCCAGGUCGAUCUCCGAGAUGUUCGAGGUGCUGGAGAAGCUGAACUGGCAAGACCAGAGUCUCCUCCUCCUCCUCUCCCAGCGAGCCAUCGAGACCGAGGAGUAUGCCUGGAUGCCGACAUGGGUAGUCGCAGUCUUGUCAGCAGCCCGUCACUUCGGCCUCAUCCGCACACAACCUCUCCUCUUCGCUCAUCUCGCCCGGGCUGUUCAGCACAUCAAGCCGACUCGUCCCUUUCAUCAGGACCCUCCCACCAUCCACGAGUUCAGCAUCAGGGACUUGGCGGCGCUUGCAGAUGUUUACAGCGACCCUAUGAUCUUCGACGAGUCCAUCUUCUGGCACGUUGCUGCAAUCGCCCAGCAGUUUCCCGAGAGAUACUGGGAUGCUUCAUCCUUAACUACAUGCCUCAAAAGUUUCUACAAAACCGGUCAAAACGACAUGUUCAUGUACAAGUACUUCGCGCGAGCCGCUCUCUCUCUCUCCAAGCCCAGUAACUCUCUCUUCCUCCUCCUUCGUCUUGCCGUGACCGCUUGCUGUCCUCCAGACCUGCCGGGCAGCGACGCGGCUGCCAUGCUCGACAUCUUCUCGAACCUCAAGAUCCAGGAUGCCACCCUCUACGCUCACCUCCUGGACGCGGUCGGCAGAGAGGGAGAGGCCUUCGUCUUCACGGCUCCGAUGAGCAGCGAGAGCAGACAGUGGCUGUCGUCAGGCUUCAACGACACGCUGGCACGCGAGCUCGCAAGGAUCAAACUUCCCGAGGAUCAGCUGUGGACGCCGGACAUGAACGCUGAGGUCUCGAUCGACUUCGACGCUUUGGAGGAGAGAGGAGACACUCUGAAGGAGUGA